GGCUAGGGAUUUUGAUAUAUAUAGUUUCACAUCCCCGCACCAUGGACCAAAGAACCAGAUGCAUCUCCAACGUGGAUGAGCGGCGUGGAUCCAUCCGGUGCCGAGAUCCCGGGAUCGCUCCAAGCAGCCUCAGACUUCAUCUUCUUCUCUAUAUAUCCGCAGGCAAUAGAGUUUAUACAUUACAGUCGUCCAAUCAUCCAAUUCCACUGCAGAUUCUCAGGCCAUUUUCAAUUUUCCGACAUUCGAAUUAAGGAUAGAGAGACAGACAAAGAUGGAGCCAAAAUUUAAAGCAAGGAGGAGCUGGUUCCUACGGAUCGUUUUGGCUCCCGUUCGUGGUCUGUGCAAGGUCCGGGACUUGUACGUCAGGUCCUUGUCGGGAUACGCCGACAAGAUGAGCCACGCCGGCGUCUCGGGGCUGCAAGUAAUCUCGCAGGAUAUGAACCCGGCUAAGAGCUUCAGCGUCGGCUCGGCGCGGGGUCGCGGCUACGAAGAUUACCAGGAGCUGGUUCGGGCAGCGUCGACCCGGACCGGAGGGUAUAGAGGUAAUUUCGACUCGUGCGUUGAGCAGCAGAUUAGGGCGGGCCCUGGGGACGGCCCGCUGGCCAUGAGGGUAAGAAGCAGCAGUGUGGUUAUGGGCAGGAUCGAUGAAGACAAGCCAUGCUGCAGUUUUGGGGAAGACGACGACGGCGGAAAUGGAGGUAGGGGUAAAUAUGGAAUUUUGUAUCCCAGAAGCAAAAGUCAUGGCCUUGUCCGCUGAUGUGUGGUUUUACGAUUUUACCCCUUUUAGUUUGGGGGUAUUGUUGGGAGCUCCUGUGCGUGCAACGCCUGAUAAGUGUACGCCGGUGAAAAUUUGUCUGGUGCCCGAAUCCUGGAGCCCAUUAAAAUUGUAGAGUAUUUUAAUAAGUUGGAUUGUAAAUUGAGUAAUAAAUUACUUUACACAUUUUAA